UAGAGGACUGCACCCGCCGUUGUUGUCCAAACCGUUGUGCCGGUGUUCUGACUGUGAUAUUUUUGGGCAAGAUUUGAGUAGCAGUUCACAGCGCCGAGCUGCAGUUCCUUCACUUCGGCAGCAGUCAGGAGAAUUGCUGACCUGUUUUCGUACCCUAGGAAUAGUUAUAUAAUUUCAGUUCAAAAUGCAGACGAUUAAGUGUGUCGUCGUAGGUGACGGAGCUGUUGGUAAAACGUGUCUCUUGAUCUCCUACACUACGAACAAGUUUCCAAGCGAGUAUGUGCCCACGGUCUUCGACAACUAUGCAGUCACUGUUAUGAUCGGUGGAGAGCCUUACACAUUAGGUCUUUUCGAUACUGCUGGUCAGGAAGAUUAUGACCGUCUCCGGCCUCUUUCGUAUCCACAGACUGAUGUAUUCUUAGUCUGUUUCUCUGUGGUAUCGCCCUCGUCGUUUGAAAACGUCAAGGAGAAGUGGGUGCCAGAGAUCACACACCAUUGUCCGAAGACUCCGUUUCUGCUAGUCGGGACGCAAGUAGAUUUGCGAGAUGACGCCAGUACCAUUGAGAAGUUGGCCAAGAAUAAGCAGAAGCCGAUCACUGUUGAUGCAGCAGAAAAGCUUUCACGGGAGCUGCGCGCUGUGAAAUAUGUUGAGUGCUCUGCUCUUACGCAGAAGGGUCUGAAGAACGUAUUUGAUGAAGCCAUUCUAGCAGCGCUGGAGCCCCCGGAGAUCAUCAAGAAGAGAAAGUGUGUCCUCUUGUAAGUGUCCGGUCGCCGCUCUCUUGGUUUAUUCUUGAUUCCCCGUUGCAUCGCUCCGCUUUCAAGGUCAGAAUGCUAUUUGGCUCUGCCAGCUGUCCCCUGUUAGCCCGUACAUACAAUAUGGCCUGGUGUAUCGGCUAUGCACCCUGGCCCUGUACCACUGGUUGUGCGCAUUGAUCUGCUGUGGAAACGCACGCAACACGUGCGUGCACUAUUGAACGAUGGCGUUGGAGGUGUUCUCUCCACUGCCUUCACACGCACCCCCUCCUCUUUUUACAAUCUCCGAACUGGCAAUGAGCUGUUAUCUCAACUUGUCCAUGCAUCCAAACAGGCACACACUAUCAUCUGCGCAUCUCAUUUAACUGCUUCCAGGUGGGCGAAUUGCCUUGACGAUUUAUACCUUCAUCACAAUUUAGUACAUGGUAGUAACCUGUUCCAUCUUGUUGUCUACUUUGGGGACAAUAAUAAUUAUAAUAAACAUGUUCUGCUUUCUACAGCUUGUUAGCCAUGCGCAAUACUUGCCACAUAUAUAUACAUUGCUGUCCCUUUCUUUUGUUUACAUAUUUUUUGAAUAGUCAUAUAUGAUCGAACAUAUCUUUCCCAUUUUCUUUCCCCUUGUCUUCUUCUAUUUUCAUGUCCUUUUGUAUAUUGUUGUUGUUGUUGUUGUCCUUUCUAAUAUUCUGCUGGGAGUUUCUCACUCUCCUGUUUAACUAUUUUCAUGCUGCUUACUCCUUUACCAUGAAGUCGGUGAGUGGCUUCUGGCUAGAGUUUCUGUUGUUGUUUUCUUGUCUCAUGCUGUUUGCCAGUUGUUGUUUUUUUGUUUUCCUAGAGCAGAUUUUGGUUUGAGGAUAUCUGUGCUUUGUUGACACCAGUGACGAUGUGCCUUGUAUCUAGAGCUUGUACACCAGCUCUCACUCGCAUGCCUUUGAACUCACGAAUGCUGAGAAAGAAUGUGUGUAAAGUAAAAUUUA